AUGUGUGAUCGAUUAAUAUUACGGUGUAACUUUGCAUCACGGUCAAUUUAUGAUAGGACUCAAACUUUGAACGAUCAUUGGCCGUUUCGAUCAUUUCGGAACGGUGCAUUAAGCACUAAUCUUCUCCUGUUUUCUAUGGAUGCGCAAAGAGCGUAUGAUCAACAGGUUGCUUCAACUUCUCGUUUCCCACAAUAUCCAAAACCAGAAAUGAUGCAGCAAUAUCCACCGUCCUGCAGACCGAAUAUGCAACAUAUGUAUCCACCAAGUUAUCCUCGUUCUCCAUCUCGUGUACCUCAAACGGACCAUACCAGCCAUUGGAUGCAUGGACCGUAUACGUCAGGAUACGCAAAUUCACCUAUUCCUUCCGCAGCACCUUCUGUAAUGUCUCAUGUGAGUAUGCAGGAUGACCUUGUUUCUGUGAUGAGCGUUCAAACAACGCUAAAUGCAAGCACAGCCCCUUGUCCCCAAGAUAGUCACCUGACUGAAUUACGGCCGCAGUCACAAUUCUCCUCCUCGGCUUCUACGCCGCCUUGCACGGAAAACGUUGAUCCAGCUACGAUUCAAGAAGUUCGACGAAAUGUUGCAUAUUCCAUUAACAACUUCUACAGUAAUGAUCAGUUUAAAAUAAUUCAAUGUAUAUGUCAUUAUGCGCAGCGGAAUAUGUUUCAAUUUGUGGACAUGACUAGUGUACAUAAGCUGCUACUUUUAAUUGCUCAGUUACUUAAGAACACAGCUGAUCCUAAUUUUCGUCGCCAGAACUCACUGCAAACGAGCAAUUUGUUGCUUAACGCAAUAUUUUAUCUCAGCAGAAAUCCAACAACAUUAAGAGUUGUUAUGCAUGUAGCAUCCGAUAAGAACACUGCAGAAUUCAUCUAUAUUAUUGCUCACUUUGCCAAGGUGAAUUUGAACUGGGCAGCUGCACUUACUCUUCAUACACUCUUCGACUAUAGUGGUCCGGAAGGAGCUAAAUGUAUUACAUAUGCCAAACAGAUACAGCCUGGAGCGGUGCUCGAUGCUUUACUUCAUAUUUUGAAAGAAAAGCCGGAUCGUAAAAGGACGUUGUUUGUGCUUCACUCACUUCAACUUUUAGCCCGAAAGGACAACAGUGCUAAGCAACACAUUGUGCAGUCAUAUGGCGGUCGAUUCAUUGAACUACUUGUUGGAUCUACACAGGGUGGCUUAUUAGCUCUAGCAGAUAACGCUAGGGAUCAAGGACGUCUUUUAUAUCGAAUAUUCGCCCUGCUUAAUGUUGUAAUGGCUAGUCAGACCGCAGCAGAGAUGUUUGUUCGAUGUGGCGGAUUACAAAAAGUAUGUGAACGUCUAUUCCAAUCAACAGAUGUCCUACGUGAAGGAAUUCAUCUUGUUGCGUUGGCUAGUGAUGUAAGAACUGUGGAUGAUCAGGACUUGAGGGUUUCUAUUCGACAGGUGCUAGAUAUCCUGUGUCGAUCAAACGAUCGAGAUCUCUUCGUUCGAAGGUACAGUUCUGGUUUCUUGGUGAACGUUAUGGCUAAUAGACCUGUCAACAAGAGGCUGCUUAUAGAAUGUAACGCUUUCGAAAUAUUCACAAGAUUGUGCUAUCAAUACUCCAAUCUGGAGCAAUGGGGUCAAACCAAGGAAACAAAGGCUAUGGUAGAAGAACUAGUUGACAAUAUUUUGCUGUCUCUUAACUCAUUGAUUAUGGAGCCAUUAAAACCAGAUGCAACAAGGGCUAGAGAUACAUGCUUAUCGCAGAAAUCACUCCAAAUUUGCCUGCUGAACCUCCUUUCUCAUGGAAGCCCUGUUAUAAGAAAUCGGGUUUUGCGAUUGAUCACUCUUCUGCUGAGCUGCUGUGCUGGUUGGGGCACUACGGUAAUGCAAACCGUCCUUGAAGAUAAGGGUGAUAACAUCAUUGCCGUCAUUUUUAACGUCAUCUCAACUGUUAGAGCAGAUGCCACGGAUGCCAAUCGAAAGGAUACAGUCAAUACCCUCGUCACCUGCUUUCGAAUUCUAAAUUUAAUUAUGAUGUGCGACGAAAGCGCUAAGAAAACUGUCGCUUUAUUUGUGAGAAAUAGUACAGUAUCCAUGAUGGAACUCUUACGGACGUUUACUGAAGACAACUUGGUGGUGCAGAUACUUGAGAUGUGCGACCGGGUGGCUGAUGACGAGAACCUCGCCCAACAGUGGGCCAGUGACCGACCACUUCUUGAUGCGAAUGCGAACAGUUCGAAUCCAGAUAUUGCUCGCGCAGCGCAAUCGCUAGUAUCGAAAUUGAGUGCAGUCAAUUCGGAUUUUGAACCAUUGGCUGGUGUCUUCGCCUCAAUGGGUUCGGAAGGUUUCUCUAUGGAAAUGUAG